CUUUGAUUGGUAGGCAAAGUUAUCAGAAGAGUCCUAUGAUUGGUUUACGUGUUAGUGGGUGACGCUUCGCCCCUAAGCCCCAAGACUGUUUUAACAGUUAAAACAGCUAAAACAGUUAAAACUCCCCUUGUAACCGAUCUCGUCUCAGUGCGAUAGUACAGCAACAGAACUGCGCUACAUCGUUCGCAACAUGAGACUAUUUUUUGUGUCCAGCAUUCUAUCUAUUUUCUUGUUCUUGUUUCUGAGUAUUUCUCAUUCCGAGCUUAUGUACUUUAAUUUCAUAGACAUUCCCGCUUAUGCUUUGGUGGGUUAUGUCGUUGAAGUGUUUAACACCAGUAAUCUUGUCAACUGCCACAUGAAGUGUUUGGAUGUGAGUUCUUGCUUGUCUUUGAAUUUCGGCAGACGAAGCGUGAAUGAUUCCCAGUUCACUUGUGAAGUCAACAACUCCACACAUUUGCUUCAGCCACUUGGUAAAAGGCGAAGGCCAGGAUUCACCUACUUUGGCUUUCCGGAUCCGUGUUUUUCAAACCCUUGUCUGAACGGAGGCACGUGCAUCUCUGACCUGUCUAAAUGGACGUACAACUGUAAUUGUGGUCUGCCAUUUCCAACAGCGCCGUACUUGGACGAGCACUGCGCAAUAGACCUGCAGGUGUAUGCUGGAGGCUUGGUUCGUAACGUGUUUCAUGCUGGGGCAAAUAGUCCCUACAUUUUCACCUUCCAACAAGCCAAGCGCUUGUGCCAAAAGUACCAAGCUCGGCUGGCCACAGACGCAGAGGUCGAGGAUGCGUGGAAAUUCGGCUAUGAGUUUUGCGCGUGGGGGUGGGUUGCCGAUGGCAUCGUCGUCCUGCCUAUACGUAAUCCUUCUGGCGACUGCCUAAGCACAGCAAAAGUUCACAAACAAUUAGAAGUCUCUACAGUGACCGGCAAGUCUAAUGCUUUCUGCUACAGGGAAACAGACAACUGCAACGAGGAGGGCUGGUACCAAAACUUAGACAAGUGUUACCGCUUUUUCCUGGAUAGCCAUGUACGCUGGGCGGAAGCAUCACGUGUGUGUCACGUGCACGGUGGUGUCAUGGGCGUGUUCAACUCCAUUGACAAGCUUGAUUUUGUACGCUAUCACGUGCCGACCCUGAACAGCAACAUCUCACACAUCUUUGUAGGACUUCGAAAGACUGGUGAAGCAUGGACGUGGAGCUAUAAUAAUCUUACCACGACACCACAGCAGUGGAAUGCAGGUGCACCAGCUUCGGCAGGACCUCUGGGAGCUGUUGCUAUAGUAACCGGUAGGCUCGUUGACAUGCCUGACUCUGAAGAUCACAAGCUUCCCUUUGUCUGCGAGAAAAGUCUGCCGUAACAGGAGUAGAACAGCAACACUUUAUAAUUGCCGCAAGAAGAAAAAAGACGAAACUCCCCUGGAAAAACGUCAAACAAAAGAAAACAGCGAUAUUUGACCCGUUUUUUUGUAGACAGUGGCUAUAAUAUCCCCUCAAAUAUUUUUUGUUGUUUUCACCGUCUAAUUAGCGUAAUUGAGGUUGCUAUGUUGCUAAUAUCAGUUUUUACUUAAAGAAAGCCAAGGAAAAAAGUCAAAACAAUUGAUUUUCAGCACCAUUUUUCUGAGCUAAGAUGUUAAGGUUUUCCAAGAAAGCUAUUCAAUAGCUAUUGCACCCACUAUUUUAUUCGCUAUUAUUAUACACAUUAAAUAAAGAUAAAGAUUGUCUAGUGUUGACGGAAAACCCUGUCAUGGGCUUUCAAAAUAUUUAAUAAAAAUAAGAAUACACCACAA